AGGUCAGAGCAUCGGGUCUGAUGAACCUUAGUUAUCAAUAACUUCAUCGUGCAGCCUUACAUCCUCGACGUUAGAUGAAAGUCUACCCGUGCGAGUUUAGAUGCCUUAUUUGCUUCUUUCACGUCUGAACUAUUGUCUUCUCAUAUCCUUGUGUCUGUUUCUUUUCAAUCCUCCACGACUCACUAUACCCAUCAUUGCAUGCAUUCACCCAUCCUUGUGCUACGAUUUAUGUGUACUAGCCAUUAGAUCCCCCGUUUCUGUCCGGCUUUUUUCCUCGCACUCCACAUCGAUUUCCGUCUUGCAGGAGAAUCGGUACGGGUUAAAACACACGCGUGUUCCCUCAGGGAUUAAACGUCUGUAUUUGAUUGCGCGCUACGACAUUUAGGAUUCCAUCCCUUCCGUCUCUGGGGCCGGUCCACCCCCGCCCUCGGCACGAUCCUUGUCCUGUCGACGAGCCUGUACAAUAUCAUCUACUCGGAGCAAUACGCGGGCAGCCUAAUCAGAGGUAACGGGGACUCAGUAAGUUUU